CGGCCCCGCCCCGCGCCGCGCCGCGCCGCUCUCCGCCGGGCUAGGACUGACGUGUCUCUCGGCGGAGAAGCUGCGCUCCGGAGCGGGCGGCGUCACUUCACUCCGAGCGCAGCGAAGCCGAAGCGGGGCCCGGAGCCCGAGCCGCCGCCGCCAUGGCGAUCAAAUUUCUGGAAGUUAUCAAGCCCUUCUGUGUCAUCCUGCCGGAGAUUCAGAAACCGGAGAGGAAGAUUCAGUUUAAGGAGAAAGUGCUGUGGACAGCCAUCACCCUCUUUAUCUUCUUGGUGUGCUGUCAGAUUCCUCUGUUUGGUAUCAUGUCCUCAGAUUCAGCCGACCCUUUCUACUGGAUGAGAGUAAUCCUGGCCUCCAACAGAGGCACGCUGAUGGAGCUGGGUAUCUCCCCAAUUGUCACCUCUGGCCUCAUCAUGCAACUCUUGGCUGGUGCCAAGAUUAUUGAAGUUGGUGACACCCCAAAAGACCGAGCUCUCUUCAACGGAGCCCAGAAGCUAUUCGGCAUGAUCAUCACCAUCGGCCAGUCCAUCGUCUACGUGAUGACGGGCAUGUACGGCGACCCCUCGGAGAUGGGGGCUGGGAUCUGCCUGCUGAUCACCAUCCAGCUCUUCGUUGCCGGCUUAAUUGUCCUCCUCUUGGACGAACUUCUUCAAAAAGGGUACGGCCUGGGCUCUGGCAUCUCCCUCUUCAUCGCAACCAACAUCUGCGAGACCAUCGUGUGGAAGGCCUUCAGCCCCACCACCGUCAACACCGGCCGAGGCAUGGAGUUCGAAGGCGCCAUCAUCGCACUGUUCCACCUGCUGGCCACGCGCACAGACAAGGUCCGAGCCCUGCGAGAGGCCUUCUACCGCCAGAACCUCCCCAACCUCAUGAACCUCAUCGCCACCAUCUUUGUCUUUGCCGUGGUCAUCUAUUUCCAGGGCUUCCGGGUGGACCUGCCCAUCAAGUCUGCGCGCUACCGAGGCCAGUACAACACCUACCCGAUCAAGCUCUUCUACACGUCCAACAUCCCCAUCAUCCUGCAGUCCGCCCUGGUCUCCAACCUCUACGUCAUCUCCCAGAUGCUGUCCGCUCGCUUCAGCGGCAACCUGCUGGUCAGCCUGCUGGGCACCUGGUCUGACACCUCCUCCGGAGGCCCGGCCCGCGCCUACCCGGUCGGCGGCCUGUGCUAUUACCUGUCCCCGCCCGAGUCCUUCGGCUCCGUGUUGGAAGACCCCGUGCACGCGGUGGUGUACAUCGUGUUCAUGCUGGGCUCCUGCGCCUUCUUCUCCAAGACCUGGAUCGAGGUCUCGGGUUCCUCCGCCAAAGACGUUGCGAAGCAGCUGAAGGAGCAGCAGAUGGUGAUGAGGGGCCACCGCGAGACUUCCAUGGUGCACGAGCUCAAUCGGUACAUCCCCACGGCGGCGGCCUUCGGCGGGCUGUGCAUCGGGGCGCUCUCGGUGCUGGCCGACUUCCUGGGCGCCAUCGGCUCGGGCACGGGCAUCCUGCUGGCGGUCACCAUCAUCUACCAGUACUUCGAGAUCUUCGUCAAGGAGCAGAGCGAGGUGGGCAGCAUGGGCGCCCUGCUCUUCUGAGCGUGUCCCCGGCCGGGCGUCCGAGGAGCGCGGCCGACUCCGUCCCCUCGGCCACUGUGAAGCGCCAGCGCUUCCCGACUCCAGCUCCACUCCUCCCUCCGGCGCUG